GAUGACGACGACCUCGCCGACCUCGCCACUACAGAGGCGAAUCGCAUGCUUCGCGUACGUUUGCGACCACGCUGUUUUUCUCAUGGUCGGCGAUCUUUGCCGCCUGGCCUCCGCGAACAGGUGCUGGAACCAGCUCCGCAAUGCCAUGUCAUUGCAAAGGAGUGCCACGCAGGAUUCUGCGGCAUUGCUCGUGGCCUCAUCCGAGUCAGGUUCACAGUGGACAGCUUACUGGAGCUGUCGCACGAGGACGCCCUGGACUUCUUGCCACGCCGCGAGAAGCGCCUGCAGCUAUUGCUCAUGUCGCAGCGGCUGCCUGAGAACGAGGUAGAUCCGCGUAGACCGCUACCGUUGUGA